UUGAAGGCAGCUGUGAAGCAGAAGCAGCCUAAAGGGGGGCAGAUAGCAAGUCCCAAGGCAAGAAAAACCCCAAAAGUCUAGGGGAGUGGAAGAAGAGUAAGUCCAAAGAAGAUCUGGUUAAAGGAAGGGCAGGAACCCAGGAAAAGGUCCUGUUAAGUGAAGUUAAGAGUGAGGGGCAGAAAGAAAGGCUCCAAUCUUCAGAUUUAAAGUGAGCUUGCAAAAAGCAAGAAGGUUCAAAGAGACAACCGAAGUGCAACACCCCAAGUGCUUCACAAGAGCGUUAGCAAACAAGACUUGACACCGCGCCAAGAAGUGCAGGUGGCCAAAGAGGAAAGAAUCAAGGAGGCUCCCAAGGAGGAAGAGAGAGGUAAUUGUUAGGUCCAGCAGUUCCUGAGUUGAGAGGGUCAGGAGACAUUGAAGGAGGUAACAAGACCCCCAAUGGAGCCAGUGCGCAAAGCCUUGCCCGUUGCUAGGCAACAGAUCUCCACGGUUACAUCUCCGCUGAGAGCAGCCCAUCGCAUUCGCCACAAGUACCUCAUUAUGAAAAGGAGGCAUAUUAGCACGGAGCACAGUGAGCCUACAGGUGCGGAGGGACCAGGGAGCAGGGGGACUGGCCGGUAUCCAUCCUCCAAGGGGCAGGAGCCCUCAGAGCGUACCUCCAAAUACAGAACUAAGACAGCUGAAUACUUCACCUUCGAGAAAGUCCCCGUGAAAACAAUGAAGAAACGACGCUCCAGUAAACGGCGCAAAGUGCUGUACCCAAGUGACACCAAGAGAUACUUGCCCGAGGAGAAGAAAAGCAAGGCCAAAAACUGCCUCUUCCUCCUAAGUCUUAUUGUUUUCUUUCAGAUAUACAACGCUAUUGAGAACCUGGAUGAUAAUGUGCUAAAAUAUGACUUGACAGGGCUGGAGAAAAUGCUCAAGAGAGAGGUUUUUGGGCAAUUGGUUGCUAUCGACAGUCUGAUGGAUUUACUAAAUGACUAUCUGGCCACCCACAUUCACAAUAAGCCGCUGGUCCUAUCCCUCAAUGGCCCAAUCGGCGUUGGCAAGAGCCUGGUCGGGAGACUGCUCGCCAAGCAUUUCCGCUCAGUGCUCAGUGACCAUCUGGUUUACCAGUAUUUUGUGCUGCACCACUGCCCAGGAGAGGACAACGUCACCAGUUGCCUGCAGGAGCUGGCAGGGAACAUCACUGACACAGUCAGUAGGGCAGAGGCGGAGGAGAAGAUCCCGCUGCUCAUCUUCGAUGAGGUGGAGUUCAUGCAACCAGCCCUGCUGGACUUCCUCCAGAGCUACUUUCACCCCAACCAACCCAAUGAGUUUCUGAAUGCCGUGUACGUCUUGAUCAGCAGCUAUGGACAGGGGGAGAUAACAAAGUUUGUUCUCCAGAAUGCCUCCAGUGGUAUGAUGAGGCAGACAGCAAAAUCAGAAGAGCUUCUUUUCAUUGUCCAAUCCUUGUUGACCCAUUCGCACCCAAUCUGGAAGCAUGCAGAUAUUGUGCCAUUCACCUUACUAGAGAGGACCCACAUAGAGAACUGCUUCCUCGAACAGAUGAUGAGAGAAGGUUUCUACCCAGACAAUGGCCAGCUGGAUGAGCUGUCCAGGGAGCUGAACUAUUACUCUGUGGGGAAACACCAGUACUCUGUUCAUGGCUGCAAGUACGUUGGCUCCAAAGUAAACUUGUUGCAUUGAGUGGUUGUGCUCAGAUUCUCGCAUUAUGCACCAAGCCAACAACAACAUGAGGUUUGGCUGGGUUCACUGAAUGACACACCUCACAUCACGGGGUCACCACCUUCACUAAUAAUUCAGGAGCAGCAGAGCUAAUCAACAAAUGUCCAGAAACAGUAUGCUAUUCACUGGUGACCCGAGUAUCUGUCUUCACCAGUGUGAUUGACCAACUCAUCAGGUGAAGUGUUGAACCAGGGAGGUG